CAAAACCAGAACAACCUAAAUUCACUUCUCCACAAGACCAAAAAAAAUGUCUUCAUCAAGUUUAAUUUUAUUUUACUCAUUCACCCUGCUUCCAGUUCUAAUCUGCUCCGUAUCCAUCAAUAUUUUGGCAGCCAAACAGGGCUUUUCUGCCACCUUCGACUGCGAACACCACACCGGAAGCCACAGCGACAGCAACAACGAGGCCAACCCUCCCACUCCACAACUCCAACAGGCUUACAUUGUUCUCCAAGCUUGGAAAAAUGCCGUCCAAUCUGACCCAGGUAAGUUCCUCUCCAACUGGGUUGGCCCUGAUGUGUGCAGUUACAAAGGCGUAUACUGCGCCCCUGCUCCCUACAACGAGACCCUUCAGGUCGUCGCCGGCAUUGACUUCAACAACGCCAGCCUGACCGGCACCGUUCCGGACGAACUGGGUCUCCUCUCCGAUCUCGCCCUCAUCCACCUUAACAGCAACGGGUUCAGCGGUGUCCUUCCGACGUCUCUCUCCAACCUCAACCUCCUCUACGAACUCGACCUCAGCAACAACCACUUUUCUGGACCUUUUCCCAGUGUCAUCCUUUCCCUUCCCGCACUCCAUUACCUCGAUCUCCGCUUCAACGAAUUCCAAGGGCCAGUGCCCCCUCAACUCUUCACCAAAGGCCUCGACGCCAUAAUCCUCAACGACAACAACUUCACCGGUUCGCUUCCCCCUGCUUUGAACGGAAAUUCGCCUUCCGCCAUCAUCUUGGCCAACAACAAUUUCGGUGGCUGCCUCCCACCCAGCAUAGCCAAUUUCGCUAACUCCUUAGACGAAUUGCUCUUUAGCAACUACAAAUUCUCCGGUUGCAACCUGUUGGGUUUUUUAAAACAAAGAAAUGGAGAGAACCGAGAGGAAGAAGAUGAAGAGCAGAGCGCAUAAAAUGGAGAGGAGUAUAUCACUCCAACUCAAAGAUAUCAUUGAUAUUUUACUACAUUUAUAGCAGAAACAAUACAAUAAAAAACAAUUUUU